ACCAUCAGAUAAAUAACACGAAAUCUCCUUUCAUGGGAAAUUUUGUUGUUCAUCUCCGUUAGAAAGAGCAUCAAAGCGUUUUGAAAACAGUUUUGAAAUAGAAAGAUUCUUUUCGUCGUAAAAUUUUCAAAAAAAUUCCAAACCGAUGAAGUUUUGUUCUCAAUUAACGAAUAUCAGAUGCUCAAUUUUCUGAACGUAGUCGUACUUAUAAAACACAGCGCGAUGUCUCAACACGGAGCUGCCUUACAAACGUAUAACCAAGAACUCGUCAAAUGCUUGGAAGAAAUGAAAACGAGAAGAAACGAACUUCAAACACAAAUUGACUCUCAGGAAGAAGAGAAAAAUCAUUUGCAACGAGAAAUCGAGAAACUAUCGUACAAGUUAACGCGAGUUGAUGACAGUCUCAACAAAAGAAUUGCUGUACGCAACGAAUACGACAAAACUAUAGCCGAUACAGAAGCUGCGUAUCUUAAGAUAUUGGAGAGUUCGCAAAUCCUGUUAAACAUGAUAAAGAGGGAAGCAACUAGUCUGGAUCAAACAUUAAUAAAAGCUACAAUGGCGAAGCAAGAUUUGAGACAGUGACAAACGUAGAACAGUAUAACGUGUGAAACUAGAAAAUGAUGUAUAUUUAAUGAGAACAUUGCAAGCCAUAAUAAGCCAUAAUAUGAAGACUGAGUCACAAAGGAAGGACCAGAGAUUUGAUCGAACGAGUACAAAAGUUGUAAAUACUUUGAGUAUGGUUAUGAAUAAGGAACCAAGUAGAAAUACGGCUGUGCUCAAUUUUACGAGCGAGUCUAUUUAUAUGUAUACAAAUUGCGACUUUUUUUUUACAUUUUCGUUUUUUACUACUAGAUAUACAUGACAUGAUUGUGUGAUUGAGAAAGAUGUACAACAAAACAUUUGCGUGGACGUGCUCGUAGCCAUGCCUGAGCAUUUAUAAAUAAUAUUUUUUAUUAACAUUUUAAUGGUAUACGUUUUACUGCUAUUUAGCGAAACACCAUUUUAGUAUUAUAAAUUUGAUACAUUUGUUUCAUACACACGACUGAUCACUCGGGUAGGGGAGAAUGUGUUGAAACAAAUGUUUUUCGUUGUAUAUAACUCGCUACUGACUAUGAAAGCAUAUGAGACUCACAAAUUUUUUCUUCAGUAUCUUUAGAGCAAAAUAAUAAUUAUUUGAUAUAACGUUGGUGAGAGAUUCCAAUUUUUAACCUAAUGAAGAAACUUGCUGGAAUAGAAAAUAUUGUCGAGUUCUAUUCUGUUCAGCAUUCAAUAGCACAAUUUACUCAGUCAAAUGAGAAAGUGAUAAAUGAAUUAUACGAAUGAGAAAAUAAUUUGGAACCAUUGAUUUUACAUCGUUUAUAUCAUUACCGAAUGUUAUCCUUCCGUCUGAAAAAUACGAUUUUAUUAAUUCAAAGGAUGAAUUUGCAGUUUUUUGUCAUUUUACGACUGGAUUGUGAGAUUACAUUCAUCUCAGUAUGAGAUAUAAGAAUUGAGAAAGAAAAUUAUCCGAGAUUCUAGAAGAAUAGAUACGUGAAAAUAAACCAUUGCAUACAUAACACUAAUUUUUAAUAGUAAAUACCAAUUUUGUAGAGUUCUAAAGAUUUGUAAUGUCCUAGGACGAAAAUUUCGAAGAAAUAUAUUGAAUUAGAGAUUCAGUUGA